AUGUUUCUUGCUGUUAUCGCUUUUACACUGAAUUCAUUCCGUCAUUACAUUAUGAAUAACCAUCAGAAUUUAGUUGAAGAUGACAAUGAAGAAGAUGAUGAAACAAGUAGUUCAACUAUCCUGGAUAAAAUCCGUUCCAUUGUAACAUAUGUUUGUACUUAUUUAUGGGCUGUAUCUUUUAUUCUUCUUAUAUUUAUUCUCUAUGCAUCUAUUCGUGGUCCAUUCAAUAUUAUAAAUAGUUUCAAUACUGCCACCAUGUUCUUCAAUACUCUUACUCCGAAGUUUUAUGUUGCCUUGACUGGUACAUCUUCGCUCAUUUCCGGUCUUAUUCUGAUCUUUGAAUGGUGGUACUUUAAACGAUACGGUACGUCGUUUAUCGAACAAGUUUCAAUCAAUCAUUUCACACCAAUGUUAAACGGGAAUGAAUCCAACAAUUCCUUAAUGUCUAACAAUGAGUCUCCUGCAUUAACUUCAUCAUCUAUGAAUGGAUUGAGUAGUGGGAAUGGAACGAACAAUAUGUCUAGUUGUGGAUCAUCGAACGGUAUUGAUUCUGCAACACCAUUGACUGGCACAAACGAAUGUAAAGUAUGGAAGAAUCCGUGUGCGUUGUUUCGUGGAGCAGAAUAUCAGCGCUUGAUUCAAUACAAUGGCAAAGAACCAUUGACAUUUCAUGAUAUGAAUCUGUCAGCUCAAGAACAUCAAACAUUCUUCUCAUGUGAUCUCGAUGAGGGUAAGCCGGAAUAUGAAAUGAUGCAACGAGCCUGGCGUGAACGUGCCCCAUCGACACGUAUUCAACUAGCUCGGGAUGCACUAGAAAAAAAUGCCGAAUUCACACCGGCAUUGGUACUCCUUGCUGAAGAAGAAGCAACGACAAUCAUCGAAGCGGAACGUUUACUUAAACAAGCAUUGAAAUGUGCAGAAAAUGCUUAUAGAAAAUCGCAACAGUUAUUAGAACAGGGUCACAAUCAAGACAUUGUACAUAAACGCAAUACCAAUAUACUAAUCUAUGUCAAACGACGUUUAGGAAUGUGUGCAAGAAAACUAGGAAAACUACGCGAAGCAACGAAAAUAUUUCGUGAUUUAGUCAAAGAAUUUCCCAUGAUGUCGGUUUUUAACAUUCAUGAGAAUCUUAUCGAAGUUUUACUUGCACUACAGAAUUAUCCAGAUGUACAGGGCGUUCUUGCCAAAUAUGAUGAUAUUAGUCUACCGAAAUCUGCGACUAUUUGUUACACGGCUGCAUUGUUGAAAGCAAGAGCAGUCGCUUCCACUUAA